GUACUAUAGACCAGGAGAUCUGACGGGCUAAUUGUUUGGCGCCGGUUACAAUCGCUGUUUACUACUGACAACUGCCCAUAUGUUUCAGUUUUUUAGAAAUGCUUUGGAUACACAGAAUGAAGAACUGAAAAUGUUACAUAAUGAAGUAACAGAACUAGAAAGAGUAAACAGUGAAAUACUUGAUUUUGUUCAUAAGAAUGGAAGAUUGCCAGAAAUUGUGAGUCGACCGAUUUGCAUUUUACCUUUAAAGAUAAAUGAACGAGAAAAUCUUGAAUUAGCUUCUAACAAGGAUGAUAUAGGUGUUUAUCGCGGAUCCGAAAGCAAUCAUGGUGACAAACAUCAACAGCUUGAGACUGUAACUAGGAAGUCGCCAAAUUCCUCAGUGAUAACUGAUGUGAUUUCAAAAAACGCGGAAGAAUUAAGCAGAGGAUUGAUGUCAUUGGGUUUGGAAUCAUCAAAAUCCAAUCACAUCGUUGAUCAUAUUCAGAAAAAUAUGGACCAUGUAGUAAACACGGAUACUACUGCUUAUGAAUCCCAGUUAGCUUUUGACAAGAAAACAACUUGUUUGACACCACAACGUGGUAUCGAUUCCCCUAUUUCUGAGAUAGUGGACGUAUCUGAUCAUAAUGAAUCGCCAGCCAAUCCUGAAUGCUCCAGUGAUGAUUCUAAUCAAUCUCAAAAUGAUGGUCAACCCCAAUAUUCUUUUCCUCCCACUAUUAGUACAGUGACUUAUGAACUUCGCCGUCGGGAAUUAUUACGUGCUAAUCAACGUAUUGCUUUAAAUCCAUCAUAUUCUUUAAACAAUUCAACUGAAGGUCUUACCGGUCAUAUUAACUAUCAUCAAAGCAUGCCAUCAUCAUUAUCUGCACAGUUACCAUCGUCUGAAUGUCGAGCGAUUUGUAUUCCAGAUAAUAAUCAUUCUUUACAUUAUUUCAAUUCAAAUCCUAAUACCACAAUGUCUCUAUCAGACUCUGUAUUGCGUUAUUGUGUUCCUGAAAAAUCUAACACCGAUGAGACCAACACAAACGGUCAUUCAUUAUCUUGUCCAUGUGGAAAUCCUCAAAGCUGUCCAUUAUCUGAACAGAAAAUUGAACGUUUGUGUAAAAAUCCUGGUAUAAUUCAUGGUUUCACAGUUCUUUCCGCUGUAUUUCGUGGCCGACUCACUAGACAAUUAUUAGCUACACGUAAAGUUCAUGAUUUAAUACGUACUGUAAAAGAUAUGGCUAAAUUAAUUUUAUCUAUACGAUUAGAUCAAAAAAAUAUAUCGUUUCAAUCAGAAUUUAUAUCAACUAAUAAAACUACACAUCAAUUAACUAAUAAUGAAUUAUUAUUAUUAGAAUCAAAAUUAUUAAUACAACUUUAUAAUAUACUUAAUGAAAUUCAUGAAAUCUUCUUUAAAUGGUCUAUAACUAAACAAAUUUCACUUAUAUGUAAUUCUAAUCUAUCAUCAUAUAAAAUGGAUUAUUCAUUUACAAAAUUAACUAAUCAAACAUCAACAAAUUCAUUACGUAUCCUUCGACAGUUACAACCUCAUCAAGUGAAUUCCUUACCUAAAAGUAAACAGAUCAAUAACAACGCAAAUGGCGAAGAAAAAAAAUCAAAUAUUUCUAUUAUUUCUAAUAAACGAAAUCCUUAUCAUUCUAUUAAUAAUAAUAAUAAUAAUAAUAAUAAAUUAAUCAAUAAAUUCUCCCCUAAACAACAAUUAACACAUAAUUUAAAUAAAAAUCAAUUAAAAAAUAAUCAAAAAGAAUGUUAUAAACAACAAUCAAUAUUGAAUACAUUUAUACAAUCUAAUAUAAACAAUUCAAUUUAUUAUAAAUUAAUAAAUAAAAAUAAUCAAUAUAUUACAAGAUCAAUUUCAGCUAAUAAUACAUUCAAUAAUAAAGUUAAUAGGUCAUCAUCAAUAAGAAAGAAUUAUAUUAAUCGAACAAAAUCAAUCAAACCAAAAAUUAUUCGCCAUUUCAGUAAUAAAAUUGAUCUAAUCCAAUAUAAUAAUAAUAAUACAUCAACAAUUGACUCAUUGAAUAGUAAUAAUAAGAAUGAUCCGCUGAAUAUUACAGUUAACAGUGAACUGGAAAUAGAUUCAAAAAAUGAUCAAUAUACUUCAACAUUAAAAAGUACCAACAUCAGUACUGAUAUAAAUAGUUUCGCAAACAUUAAAACAAUUCAUACUGAAAAAUGCCAUGAAACUGUUAUUGAAGAGAAAAGACUGUCAACUUCAUCAAAACAAGUCAAUAGUUCAACGUUAUCACAAUGUGAAACUAAUUCACAUGCUCCAUUAAUUAUUAAUGAUAAUAAUAAUACAUCAGUUCAAAGAUGUUUUCCUGUGAAACGUCGUAUUCUAUCUAGAAAACUUCAAAAUGAUUAUUCAAAUACUCCUAUUCAUGUCAGUACUCAAAAUAAUUCAUCUAACUCUACAUGUAAUAAUUAUAAUAAUGAUGUAUCAUUCCUGAUACAAGAUAAUCAAUAAUACUUUACAUUCUAAUGAUAAUGAAAUCAAAUAUAAUUACGAAAUUUCAAAUAAUUUAUACCAAAAAAAUUCUGAACUACGUUAUAUAUAUAUAAUUCAUAUCAGUUUCAUUUCUCUCACAAACUUUAAUUUCUAUUCUAAUACCGGUCUACUUUUUUGAACGUUUGGUUAUUCAUACAUACAUACAAAUAAUUACUGAUGGAUAACAAAUGUUCAAUUUGACUUUUAAUUAAGUUUACAUGAUUUAUACUUUAAACAAUUUUUUAAAAUACAUUUUUCGCAUAAA